GGAGUGUUCCUACCCUUAAGCUCUUAUACCAUGAUAUAACUCCUAUACCAUGAUGUCCAUACUUCGUGAUUAUGUCUGUCACUGAGUUACCUGACCAAGCUGUUCCAUUACAACAUCAAAUUGCAGGACAUAGGCAUGAAAAAGGAAACCUUUACACUGGUAUGUUAAAGCAUAUUGAUGGGUAUGUUAUGAAACCAGUCCAAAACAAUCAAAGGGGAAAAACAGAAAUUGAGUUUUAUGAGCAAGUAUUCCAAUCUUCUCAUCCAACACUAUCAAAACUUAAAUGUCUUGUUCCUCAUUUUUUUGGUUUACAUCAAUUUGUUUCUGAUACAGCUGUUCAUUACUACAUUAAAAUGGAAGACAUUGCUGCAGGUAUGUUGAAACCAUGCAUUGCAGAUAUCAAAAUUGGGCGCCAGACAUGGGAUCCUCAUUCGUCUCCAGAGAAGCAAUUUACAGAAAAUAUGAAAUACAGUGGUACAAAACAACCACUUGCAUUCUGUAUACCUGGCAUGAGUAUCUAUGAUGUGGCAUCAGACCAAGUGCUAAAAUUGGACAAACACUAUGGUCGUAGCUUAAACAGUGACACCGUAAGAGAUGCUCUUCGGCUAUACUUCAACAGUACACAAAUUGUGGAAAAGCGUUUACUAGCAGAGAUUCUGCGACAAUUGAAUACAGUUCGUGUGUGGUUCGAAGAGCAACGCCACUUUUUGUUCUACGCCACAUCUUUGCUUCUUGUAUAUGACGCAGAUUUGUUAAAAGAACGAAGCAAUGUUUUGAACGUACGUAUUCGCAUGAUCGAUUUCGCUCAUGUCUACCCAGCUCACAACUCCCGCGAUUCAAAUUACUUGGAAGGUCUUUGCAAGUUAAUUCAAAUAAUCAGUUCAAUUCAAUAAUUUUCAAUUCAUUCAUGUAAUAUAUGAGAAGUGCAAUGCAUGUCACGUAUCUAACGGAAGACGUUCUGCCAUCAAUUGCUAAUACGAAUAAGUCAUGCACAUCUUCGAAUUAAAAAUUGCUUUUUUUUUUUGCUUUGCAGUUUUACGCAACCAUUCAGCAAUAGUAAGAAUUUAAGGAAUAAAAUGUAUGCAAAAAUUAAGUAACAAAAGUACAAUUUGAAAUCAUA